CGAGCGAUGAAUUAGGGUUCUUAGUUCUUCUUCCUGAGAGGAGCGGGAGAUGAUCGAGGCCUGGGGGAUUUUGCGGCCAGAAUGGGCCUGCUACUGUGGAACAAGCUCGUCGCGACGGUCGCGUCGGGGAUCGCCGCGGGCGCCGUGUACGUGACCGCCAAGCUCACAUUCUCGCUCUUCGUUUGGGGGCUCUACGCAGGCGCGGCAUUCCUCUCGGCAAAGCUCCUGUUUGGAAGAUUGAGCGGCGGCGGCGGCAGUCGGCCUCCAUUCUGGUAAAGAAUCUCUCGCAAGCGCGACACUAGGGUUCUCGUAAGCGAAGCGCCAAGAUUUCUUGAUGGAUCAUCACCCACACUACUACCGAGGACGCGAUGGAUUGCCGCAUUUCGCCGCCAUGGACUCGCUGGAUCUCAAUCUCCACCUAGCGCCGCCCCCAGCAGCCGUGCAUCCGGCCGCGACGCCGCCAUAUCCACUGUGGCAGCCAUCGCGAUCGGAGCUCAUGGGCCACGGCAUGUUUAACUUCCAGCCUCUGCCGACGCCACAGCCGAUCUGGACGAGGUUCUUCCUCGAGUAUCCGCCCAGCCCCAGCCCGCCAUCGCCAGGGGAGAUCGACUUUAGCAACCCGUACCACUACCACGACUACCACCACGAACACCACUCGCCCUUCUGGGGGAUGGAUUUCUCCGACGUUGACUCUGGGCAGGAGCUCGACCUGGAUCUCUCGCCGCUCCUCCACGAUCACUUUCUCCGCGAGGAAGACGACGAGCUGGAAGCGGCAUUGCUCGAGGGAGAAGAGCAGCACCCUCAAGAAGAUGGCGAUCGAGAUCACGAGCACGAUUGGUGGGGCGCCAGGAGCAGCAGCGCUGCUACGACCACCAGAUUGAAUUCAAGCGGCAGAGCGACACCGGCAGCAGCAGUGGCGGCGGUGGCUGCCACUGAAGCUCCACAGUCAUCGUCCUCAAAGUCUCAAUAUCUCCCGAGGAAGAAGAACAGCGCGUCAGCUUCUUCGCUGGAUUUGAAUCCCCAGCAGCACCAGCAGCAGCAGCAGGAUGAAGAUCAAAGCCAGGCCAAGCUACUCUGCGACGAUCAAGAGCAACAGCAGCAGCGAUCCGGAUCCGGGAAGGAGUUCUUCUUCGAUUGCAACGUUUGCUUCGAUGUGGCGAGCGAGCCGGUGGUGACGAGCUGCGGCCACCUCUUUUGCUGGCCCUGCCUCUACCAGUGGCUCCACGUCCACUCCCACAACGACGAGUGCCCGGUCUGCAAGGGCGCCGUCUCGGACGCUGACGUCAUACCCAUCUACGGCCGCGGCGGCGACGGCGGCGCCAGCGUGGAGCGAUCCUGCCCAUCUGCCAACAUAUUCGCGCAGCACAUCCCGGCCCGGCCGCGCGCCCGCCGGGCCGACUCGGUCCGGCUGCGCCAGCCUGGCACCGACGUGGCGCUGGCGGAGAUGCUGAGGUGGCGGAGAUUCAUGCGCAUGUGGCACCAGCACACCAGCCGUCUGAUGCUGGAAAGGCGUGGCGCGAUCGACGGUGGGGGGCGGCCGGCGAUGGCGCCGGCGUCCAUGAUCGACCAGCUCCACCACCAGUGGCCAUACAAUGUGGCCAGUACGGAACUAGAGCGGCGGAUGUAAGGAGAGAGCCAGGGAAUAUGCUUCGGGUGGAUAUGAAACGCCGGUUUCUAUUUUGUUAUUUGAAUUGGCCGGGAUUUGGUGGGAAAA